UAGACAGUCAACGAACUUUGGGUAUAUAAACCACGCCAUCUGUCCAAUCCCUCUAUCUGCAGGACCACCUUCUCCGUUGUUUUCUUUUUCAUCUACGGCCUACCCUCGCCCUAUUCUCCGUUGCAAUGUCCGCCGUCACUGUCCCCAUUGCCAUUCCCGCUACGCCCAGCAAAAAGAUGACCGCAGACUUUAGCGCCAGGUUCUCACUAGAGUCACCCGUCAAGAAGAUUGUCGAUGACGAGUGCUGCUCAACCUUACCUGAGACUGUUGGUGACUUCGACGGGGAGCUCGAGGACCUCAGGAAGCAGUAUGUUGGUGAAGUUGACCUGCCUGAGAGCGAGGAGCCUCUUUUGAAGGAAACCAAGAGUCGCUUUGUGCUGUUCCCUAUCCAGUAUCACGAGAUCUGGCAAAUGUACAAGAAACAUGAAGCAUCUUUCUGGACCGCAGAAGAGAUGGAUCUGUCCAAGGACCUGCAUGACUGGAACAACCGAAUGAACGACAACGAGCGUCAUUUCAUCUCCCAUGUCCUCGCCUUCUUCGCUGCUUCGGACGGCAUCGUUAACGAGAAUCUUGUCGAACGCUUCUCGAAAGAAGUCCAGGUUGCUGAAGCUCGCUGUUUCUAUGGCUUCCAAAUCAUGAUGGAGAACAUCCAUUCUGAGACCUAUUCCCUCCUCAUUGACACUUAUAUCAAAGAUUCCGCCCAGCGGGAAUACCUUUUUGAUGCUAUCGAGACUAUUCCUUGCAUCAAGCGUAAAGCCGAUUGGGCUCUUCGAUGGAUCUCUGAUGAACGAUCCACCUUUGCCGAGCGUCUCGUUGCCUUUGCCGCCGUUGAGGGUAUUUUCUUUUCCGGCUCGUUCGCUUCCAUCUUUUGGUUGAAGAAGCGCGGUUUAAUGCCUGGCCUGACCUUCUCCAAUGAGCUUAUUAGCCGUGAUGAGGGCAUGCACACCGAUUUUGGAUGUCUUCUCUUUAGCCACCUGAAGCGUCGUCCUCAUCCUGAAGUUGUCAAGCAUAUCAUCGCAGACGCCGUUUCCAUAGAACAGGAGUUCCUCACUGAUGCUCUCCCCGUCUCCCUCAUUGGCAUGAACUCAAAGCUCAUGUGCCAAUACAUUGAGUUUGUAGCUGACCGUCUACUCGUAGCCCUUGGCAAUGACAAGGUGUACAACUCAAUGAAUCCCUUCGACUUUAUGGACAUGAUCUCGCUGCAGGGCAAGACCAACUUCUUCGAGAAGCGUGUCUCAGAUUACUCGAAGGCCAACAUCAACCACUCUACCACCGGCAGUACUGUUGAUUCAUCGAAGACAUUUGUUCUCGAUGAAGACUUUUAGAUUCUCACCCUGGCCUUUACACCCAUCUCAUUGCCGUACAUUUCUCAUUAUUCGCAUUGCAUCUCACCGUUUAUACAUGCAUUCAACAACGUUAUUAUUGAUUUUAUCUAUGCCGUCCGUACGAUUGUCCCUUUAGACUUGUAACUGUAACAUUGUAGGAUAUGAUAUACAUUAACCAACUCACUUUGUACAUCAUGGGGAGUGAUAAUGCGGCGCUCAUGCAGCCAAUCUUAUGCACGAGUACCGCGAGUAUCUAC